UUUUGUUUCCGAAGAGAGAAAUUGAAAGAACGGUGUCUGUCUUAAACGCUUUCUUGUUCGAUCAACGUUGGUUACCCCAAAACGUCACAACCGAUGCUUCGUCAGCUUCUCGCGCAUUCGUGUGUUGCGUUUCCUAGUCCUUUCGUAGUCCCCAGUUCUGAGAAGCGGAAAGAAAGCUUCUCCUUCUUAUCAAACAGCCUCCAACCAAAGUGCGACCCCUGCAUUUUCGCCGCAAACCAAAACCUGAGGUAGAACAGGGGGAAAGAGAAAAGCCAGUCGCCAGGGCGUUCCCAGUUUUCUCUCGAGAUACACACCUCUGAGAGUCACGCAGCCAGCGCGUGCGCGGAGGUGCCGCAAGACAGGGGGAAGUUUUCAAGACCAGUUUUCUGUGUCCACCUCCUUUUCAAAAACGCUUCUUGUUUUCCGUCUUUCUCGCAAUUUCUUUUUUCAACGCAUCUGUUUCGCCGACAAGAUUCUCCGCAGGCGUCUGUUCCCCCGAGAGUGUCCCCGGGCGUCUCCUUUUUUUCCCCGGAUGCAGGAAGGCACCUUUUCCGGACUUUUGCUUUCCUCGGCCUUCUUUGCCUGCCGAAGACACAAACACUCCAGUCGGCGACUUUUUCCAGAAAAAGGACGUUCUCAGCGUCCGUCGUCUCGCCUCUCGGAGGCUGAAGGUCUCCUGGAGCUAGGCCGCUGGGCACCGGGCGUAUCGUUUGUUCGAGCAACACCGGGGCGCUGCGCCUCAGCGUCUUCCCAAGAACUUUCUCUGUGACCUCAACACAGGAAUCUCUCGGUUUUUCGCCGAACGUUCCUGCCGCUCUCCCUUCAAAUCCAUCCGCUAGCAGGCUGGCUUCACACACAAGACGCGCUUUGAGCCGCAGAUCCAUUGUUCCGCCUUGUCCCUGUCCACUUCUCGUACGCGCUGGUCUCUGCGUUGUUGCCUGUCUCUCCGCAAACCGUCGGUCUCCGCAGACGCCUGUCCGGGCACCGAAAAGGAACUCGCCUUUCCAAGGCACACAUUUUUCCUCAAACCCUGUGUAUCGGCUUCGUCUCCCUCUCUGCCCUUGCGCAGGCAUCGGUGAAUCUCCCCAAAAUCGCUUCAAUCGUGAGUGAGUGAGUGAGUGAGUGGCGGCGACCUCGUCGCAGUCGCGGUGGAAAAAGACGGGUGACGAACGCUUACCGAGGAGCGUCCGGUUCGCGAGUUUCUCCUGACUUCGCUCGCUGGAUCUCGUUGAUCCUUCGCUUCUGUCUCCUUCGACGUCAACAGCGACACCCCGCAGGGGUCGCCUCUUGGGCGCGGCUUUCCUUGUCGCGCAAGGUCCGCCUGCACAACAACUUCGCGCUUUCUGGGUCACCUCCACUCUUCACUGGCAAGUUCUGUGCAUGCAGCGCGAGACUUGAAGCUCCCUCACGCCUCAGCCGCGGCUGCUCGUUUUCGGUGAAUCGCUCCUCACAGUUCGUGACGGACGCCGACCUCUCUCUCCCUUUACCUCGGUCGCCGUUCCUGCCUUCUGUUGUGUAACGCGUUGCAUCGCCGCUCGUCUCCUUCUCUUGUGAGGCGCUUCUUCUCGGUUUGCCUCGGCCUCUGCGAAAAUUUCCACCUGCCGACGCUUGUUGCCCUCUCCGUCUCUGUCGUUCGAGACUCCUCUGGCUGUUGCUCCUCUCACGGUGCCGUCGUCGUCGUUCUCUCGCCUUCCUCUCUGCUUUCCGCUGGAUUUCUCGAAGCGCAAGAUGAAGAGGACUCGGUCGACAGCAGCAGGCCUCGUCCUCUGUCUCCUCUGCGGAUCUUCGCUGAUUUCCUGUGCUCAAGCCUUCAAAGUUCGCGCCCAUGAAGCCGUGUCGAUGACGACGUUGAGUGGCUUGAGCACGUCGGCGAACCAAGCUCUCAAAAAACUGCUGAACGGAAAAGACCUCGCCGAUGUCGCAGGCUGGGCGCACCGCGUCUCCGACAAGUACCCCGACACAGCGCGACUUCACUUCAUGUCCCAACCUACAUGUCCGUCGAAGCCUCUGCGCACUGACGACAUCAUUCUGGAUAAGUCUUUCUGCGAGGUGAAAGGCAAUUGCCUCCUGGAGGCUCUCACGUACUUCUUCUUCCACCUGGUCGACCCAGACCAGAACAAAGUGGAACAAACAAAUCCGGACGUCAUCACAACGACGAACUUUGUGUUCCCUCACGACAUCAAAACGACAGAUGCAGACGCUGUGAAGUACAUCAUCAACCUGGUCGGUGACAUGCACCAGCCGCUGCACAUGGGCAGUGCGGAUGACGACUACGGCAGGAGAGCUGUCGUGCAGUACAGCGACGGGGAACAAAUGCGUCUGACGACUUUGUACAAUUUCCUGGAAGCUGGGCUGGUCGACAAAACUGUGAAGCAGAGACAGUACUUUUGGUUUUCCGGUUGGACGCAUGUGAACUCCGUCAAGGGAGCUUACGACUCUGAAAAGUCUUUGUUUGCGACGAACAAAGAAAAAAUGUUUUCUGAGUGGGCCAAGGAGAACCGUGCUGUUCUCUGCAAUGAGGUGUAUCCGCAUGUGAGGAAGACCGGGAAGGACGCGAGAGCGGCCGCAAACGCUCUGGGUUCCGACGCCGUUGACGAGUACGCGAAAGCCGUGCUCGAUGGAAGCAGUGAUGUGCCUCUUUUCGAGAUCGACGCGGCAGCGGAAUUCGCUCUUUUCCAAGUUCUCAAGAAACGCAUUCUCUUGGCUGGCGCCCGAGUCGCCAUCGUCAUGAACUACAUUCUCCAGGUUCGCGAAAGCAAAGAUCUCGGCAAACUGCGACAAGGGAGCGGCGUCGCGGAUGUUGUCGACUCGAUCGACCCGCCACUCGCCGUGGAGAACAUGUCGAUGGUUUACCUGAAGAACUUCCUGACGAACUUUGCCAUCUUCCUCGUGAUUCUGCUCUUCUUCGUCUACAUUUCGCGGUUCUACUCGACGCCGCCCGCGCAUGCACUUCAGAGAGGAGGCGGCAGUCCUACGACAAAACUGCCUCCCACAGGAGCGCCCGCUGGCGGAAGGCGCGUUGAAAUGGAGUGCAUGAAAGACAGUUAAAUGCGACGCAGUGGCAUGCAUGCGCUCAGGCAAAAACCUGCAUGCAAGGAAGACAGCCGCGUCAGAAUCCGACACAGAGGACAGCCCACUGGGUCUCCAGAAAAAAAAGGCGGAGGGAGGUUGGAGAGGUGAAGAGACAUAGCGUGAGGAGACUGGAAGAAGGCGUGGAAAGCUGCAUGCGACUGCUGGAAUUAACGGAGGCGAAUCGGCCGUUGCAACCUCAGCCGGUUCUCCUUCCAUGCAGCGAUGGACAGUAUGUAUGUAUGCAUAUAUAUAUAUAUAUAUAAUAUAUAAUAUAUAAUAUAUGUGUAGGGUUAGUGGAUGCGUGUGGAUGUUUUGUAGGUACCCCUGUGUAUAGACACUGUCGAGUGCAUUACACGAUGUCUGUAAUUGCGUUCAGUCGCAAACGACAAGUCACACUCGCCGAGUAACGGGCAGGACCUGCGAACGUUUGCAUUGGCCUUCGAGACGAAAAGCGCUGGAAGGCCGAAGUUGGCACACGAUGUUAGAUUGGCUGUUACAGCGUGUGAAGCAGACUGGCGCUUUUCGCAACACCCUCGGUUCCCUGAUUCAGUUUUUUUGUACAGAAAUGAUAGUCCACACAUGCCGUUUGCUUCGCUCGUCUCCUUCCGAGUUUUAGUCUGCGGCACACACUCUGAUCG